GAUGUUAAAAAGUGAACAACAAAUUGAAAAAUUUGCAAAAAGUUGCAAAGAAUUUGUUGAUACUAAUAAUUUUGAUGGAAUUGACUUGGAUUUUGAAUGGCCGGGGAAAGAUGAGAAGCAUCAAUUUACACUCCUAGUAAAGACAGUAAGAAAAUAUAUGAAGGAAAAGAUAUUAACGAAUGCAUUUGCUGUUGGAAAUGCCGCGUUAGAGGGAUACGAUUUAAAAGAACUGGAAAAAUAUCUAGAUAAUUUUCACUUAAUGACUUACGAUCUAAAGGGGAUUUGGAAUAGACGACUAGGGUUUCAUACGGAUAUUCGUCUUAUUAAAGAAAAAGCAGAAUACUUCUUGAGUAAAGGAAUUCCGAGACACAAGAUUUUUAUAGGACUUUCAGAAUACGGAAGAGCCUUUGGAACGUCUCUUCAUAAAUUUAAACCGAAUGAUUUUUGCGGAAAAUGUUUAACAACUAAAUGGUUUUAUACUUUUGCGGAAAUUUGCGAAUUAUUAACUAAUGGAUGGACAUAUAGCAAUGACUCAUUAGCUAAGUCGUCCUAUGUUUAUUCAAUAUCCGAUAAUAUUUGGAUAGGUUUCGAUUCUAUUGAUGAUAUAAAUGAUAAAAUUGAAUAUAUUAAAUCGGAAAAAUUUGGUGCUAUGAUUUGGGAAAUUACUCAAGAUGACUUUGAGAAUAAAUGCAACCGAGGCUUUAUGCCGAUACUAAAUAGCGUGGCAUCAUUAAUGGACACAUCAGAAAAGUCGAAUACAAGACUCCUGCCAAUGAACGGAAGUUCUAAUAAUAUUGCUGUCAACUUAUAUUUUCUCGGUACUUUACUACUUAUUCUAGAAUUAGAAUUAAACUAA